CCUUGUUUAGCUCUGAUCCAGACGUUCGACCAAAAACAGAUCACAAAAAUAUUACUUGUCAUCUUUGCAAACUUUGAAUUUUGGUGAAGUCCGCACGGAAAUUUUUCUAUUACAACCACGUCAGUUAUGAAAAUAAUUUACGCCAAUCUCGAGUGAAUCGACACGAAUGUAUUCGUCGCGAGGCUGUCGAAAAUGACCUCGAGAGAGCCACUGCCCGAAGAGAAGAUGAAGGCCACUCUGUUUUGUCUGGUGUUGCGAGGCGGGACUCAAAACUGUCACAGGGACAUUGCGAAUUUCUUGCCUCAGGCAAUCAGCAAGGAGCCAACGCUGUCCAGACAAUACUUUGACAUUUGUGUUCGUUUGCUGUCGGUCGAUGACCCCGAAUUCACAUGGCUGGAAGAAAUCCUCUGCAACGCUAUGAGGCAGACUGCACCGUCAGUGGAAAACAAUGUAUUUUCCACGUUAGUGCAGCAGGAAGGAAUAUCCAACCAAGUAUUAGUCACCGCCGUGAGAGGCAAGUUGAUACCAGAGUAUGCAACUCUCCGUGAGGUCAUCGCCAAAGAGACGCUGCAACUGUUCCGAUCCGAGGAUGUCUGGACGAGCGGCAUGUUUCUUCCUCUUGUGGUGAACAUUGGAAAAUUUGAAUCAUUUGACAACAUCUUCGUUCAAACUGUGUUUGGGGUGUUGGACGGCUACAAACUGUUGGUCCAGAUCACACAGAAUAUCAAGGAUAUUAACGAGAAAGUCACAAAGUUGAUGGAGUUGACCAAGAAGUGGAUGCAUGUGCUACCAAGCCAGGUUGUUCCUCGCAAGAGGAUCAUCAUGAACACACUUUACGAAAGUAUUGUGCAGAGAAGAGCGAAUCCGUCAAUGACUAACGUUCUGAUGCUGGUCGAAGUUGAAAUUCUGAAUGCUUUACUCCGGCCCAUCCCAAAGGAGAACGUCCCUCUGGUUGCCAAGGAGUUGAUUAGCUGGUUUCUGAAUUGGUUUUACAACUGCAGGCUGCUGCUGCCUCCCAUUAUCAAAUUGCUGCAGAGACUUGUCGACGAACAUAUGGAGGAGGAUUACAAUCAAAUUGUCUCUGCCAAUUUCAACAAAAUGGUUGUGAAUGCCCGAAUCCCUAUGUAUAGACCGCUGAUCAGCAUAAUCUGCCACUUUCUCAGAAACAACACUUGCCCUGAAGCAUUCCUCGAAAAGUCUUCAGAAAAUCUAAAGAAUCUCUUACUCUGCUGCGCCAAAGAAGAACAAAUUGUGGCAAAUUUGUCCCAAGGACUGGAGGUCAUUCACAAAAAUUACCCUGAGCAACGACUCUUGAUUAUCAACAUUCUGCGGGACUCCUCCUUACAACCGUGUGACUUGAAUGCUAAUUUCACUGUGAAUGAGGAUCCUAAAGGACUUAUCAACACAGGCAACACUUGCUAUGCCAACAGUGUGAUCCAAUGUUUGUUCUACAUUUCGUCGUUCAGAAACAAAGUCUUGGCUCAGAAGCCUAGAGGAUCUCAGACAGUUCUUACCGAACUGCAGAAAAUUUUUGCCUUGCUUAAAUUUAGCGCCUCGACUGUGAUACUGCCAAGCGAGCACUUCCAUGCUGCCCUGCGCCCGACGUACUUUGUUCGUGGCCACCAGGAAGAUGGAUUUUUGUACCUGAUUCACAUUCUGGAUAUCAUGAAGGAGCAGGAAUUGAAGGCGUUUAAUAUCGAAGACGACGAAAUGGAAGUGAAGAGGGAGUUUUGCCAUUCUAGUGCAAGUGAAAAAUCUGACAUGUCGUCCGCCUCUGUGUCCGAGCUCUCCAAUGAAGCCAACAGAACAGACUCUCCUGAGAAUGAUGAAGUGACCGAUGACUCGGAAACAACAACAAUGUCAAUGUCUCCAGACGAAUCGGUCGGAAAGACUUUCCCUUGUGCUAAGCCAGAAUCCUGUGAAGGCGCCGAAAGCACCAACAACAACGAUCUUCUUGAGGAUGAAACUGAAUCGGAAUGUGCAAUGCCCAAGUAUAACACACUUGGCCAACAGGUUUUUGGUGGAUGCCAGUUUGAGAUGUACAUGUGCCACGGGUGCAACUACGAACACAAGCAGACAAAACGAACCACCUCCAUCUGUCUGGCCAUUCCGGACCGAGAAAACAAACAUUGUCGCAUUUCCAACCUGCUGGAGGCUUAUUUUCAGCCGGUCGAGUUGCAAGACUCGGAGAAAUACGAGUGUCGAAACUGCAAAGUCAAAGUUGACUCGACCUGCUUCACCAAGCUGGUCGUUCCGCCGCAAUAUCUGAUCCUCUGCCUCAAACGCUUCCUGUACAACACCUCUCAGCAGCAGACUGUGAAGAUAAUGACUCAAGUGCAGGUGGAGGACGAGAUUCAAGUGAAUGGGAAGGACUUCAAGAUCCACGCGAUGGUCGUCCAUUCCGGCCCGUCCGCGUCGCACGGCCACUACUACUCAAUGAUCAGCACCGAGAACGGCACUCUGAAGCUAGACGACGGGUCUGUUGUCACCAAUUGUAGUACGUCGAUGGGAGCCCUGGACACGCCGUACAUUUUGUUCUACCGGAGAAAAGACUGCCAAGAAGAGGAGCCUAGCGUGGCAUUUGCAGAUCUCGAUGCCAGUCUGCAGUCGUACGUUAGAAAUUACCAAGGGCGAGGAUACUUAAGCUCCCUUGGAAGCUACUUCAAAAAGCCGCAGCCGCCCCCACCACCGCCCCCAUCGUCCUCCUGUGGAGGUGGUUCUGGAAUGUCCACCUCCAGGAUGGUUUUCUAAAAUCACUCAAGACUGAUUCCUAAUAAGCAAAGUUAUUCAAAUUAUUGUUUCUCAUAUUUUCUUGUGAAGCUCAAUAGAGAUAAAUAAUAAUAAAUUGGAAUUGUGCGAAGCAAAUUUGUUUGAUUGUUGGAAAUCAUACACUGAACUUUUAAUUAUUUUUCUUUAUUAAAACAACAUUAUUGCACAGUGUUUGAAAUUCAAUUAACAUUUUGAAAUUUAGAUCUUUAUUUAAUCUGUCUAUAAUCUUUAAUCACAAUGAUAUCUCCCAAGCGGUAAAUGUUGCAAGGCACUUAACCUGUAUAGUAAAUGUAUAAUUAAAAUUCUUCUGUUUCCCAUUCUUAAACAUGUUUUGUGAGUAGAACAUGGCCGGCAAGAUACUGCUGUUAGUAGAAAAACUGAGCUCCUAUAGAAUUAGCAUUAAACAUAAAUAUUGUAAUAACACUUCAG